CUCGGCAGUCGGGCGAGCAGAGCACCGCCAUCCACAGCCUGCCAUUCUGUCCUACCGUCGCCGAAGAAGAUGGUGGUGACCAACGCGGUGCGCCCGGACCAAAUAUAAACCCGCCUUUAACUUCGCCCGAGACGCCAAACGCAAGGAAUUGUCGCUGUUCAUAGACCAGGAGACCACCUACCGAAAGGGGGCUGUUCACAAUGACCAACGAGGAGCCUUUACCCAAAAAGGUUCGCCUCAGUGAAUCUGAUAUGAAGACCUUGACCAGAGAGGAGCUGUGCACAAGGUGGAAACAGCAUGAGGCAUACGUGCAGGUCCUGGAGGCGAAAUAUGCAGAACUGUGUUCUAAUGAUGUAACAGGCUUGAAGGAAUCUGAGGAAAAGCUCAAGCAGCAGCAGCAGGAGUCUGCACGCAGGGAGAACAUCUUGGUCAUGCGGCUUGCCACCAAGGAGCAGGAAUGCACAACGCACAUCCAGUACCUCAAGCAAGUCCAGCAGCCCAGUGCGGCCCAACUGCGCUCAUCCAUGGUGGACCCGGCCAUCAACUUGUUUUUCCUCAAAAUGAAGGGUGAACUGGAACAGACUAAAGACAAACUGGAGCAGGCCCAAAAUGAACUGAGUGCCUGGAAAUUUACACCUGAUAGCCAAACUGGGAAGAAGCUGAUGGCCAAGUGUCGCAUGCUGAUUCAGGAAAACCAAGAGUUGGGGAGGCAGCAGUCCCAGGGACGCGUGGCCCAGCUGGAGGCCGAGUUGGCCCUGCAGAAGAAGUACAGCGAGGAGCUUAAGAGCAGUCAAGAUGAGCUGAAUGACUUCAUCAUCCAGCUGGACGAGGAAGUGGAAGGGAUGCAGAGUACCAUCCUCGUCCUGCAGCAGCAACUCAAGGACACCCGCCAGCAGCUCACCCAGACUCCGGGGGCUCCAGCCGGACCGGGACCCAGUAGGACUUCGCCGUCCGCCGCCGAGCCGGCAGCCCAACUCCCUCAGCAGGCCGACGCCCGCUCUGACCCGGCAGGCAAAGACUUUGGGAGGGUGGCCAACGGGCCAAGCAAGGGCGGCUCGUCCCAGAGAAGCGACACCGCCACACCCAGCCUCUACCGGGAGGUCAGUAGCACCGACGAAGACUUUGCCAUGUCCCCCAUGGCGUCCAGCCCCGGUGAAGCCGAGACCAAGCUGUCCAACCACUCUGAGGAGGCGUCAGGGAGUCAGAGUAGUGCUGCGCGGGCUGGAGGACCUGUGGGUUUGAGCGCAGGGUAUGAGAGUGUAGACUCUCCGACGGGCAGUGAGACCUCAUUGACUCAGCACUCCAACGACACGGACUCCACCACCGACCCGCAUGAGGACAAGGCUGCCCAGGUCACCAAGGGCACCAGGACUUCAGGGUCACGGCACGCUCAGAACGGCCUGGACUCCACCACGAGCGACGGUGCUGUUUUGUAAUGUACUCUGAAAAAUGUAUGGUCUCUUUAUUCUUUCUUUUUUUUUUUUAUACAGAA